AUGCAGGCCGCAGCGCUUUGCGCAGCGCAGCCGUGGAUCCUGACCCCCGCACAGCAGCGCCCGACGGGCAGCAGACACGCCGCCUCGCCGCGGCCCACAUCUGCGGCGGCGGCAUGGCAGCGGCGGCGGCCAGCGGCCGCAGGCGGCGGCACCAGCAGCAGCGGCCGCGGGCGUGGCCGCCUGCUGGUCACCGCCGCCAUCAAGGUGCGGAAGGGGAAGCAGGUGCUGUGCAACAAGACGCUCAAGGCCAAGGAGGGCAGCGAGGCGGCGGUGGCGCAGCUGUGUGAGGGCAUGGCCGAGUGGUCGCGCGAGCGCAUGGCGGACCGCGGCAGCGGCGUGCUGGCCUUCCAGUUCUCAGAGGAUGAUUACGAGAAGGGCACCUUCCACUUCAUGGAGCUGUACGCCAACCAGAAGGCCAUGACAGACCACAACAGCCACGACCAGGUCAAGACGUUUGUGCAAAAGCUGGAGGAGCACCUGGAGGGCCCCCUGGGCAUGGUGCUGUACGAGUACAACGAUGGCAAGAUCGGGCCCGCCAGCAUGGAGCUUGUGUAG